GAUUAUCAUUGUUUUCUUGCUAUUACUUCUUUACAUGAGCCUUAAUCCUAUCAAGAGGCCUCUUUUAACCCUCUUUGGCAACAAGCUAUGCAAGAUGAAUUACAAGCUCUUGAGAACACUCUUACAUGUGAUUUAGUUGAUUUCCCUGCUAAAAAGUCUCUAAUAGGCUGUAAAUUGGUGUACAAGAUCAAAACAAGAUCCGAUGGUUCUGUGGAGCGUUAUAAGGCACGCUUGGUUGCCAAGGGUUUUACACAGGAGUAUGGAAUAGACUAUGAGGAAACAUUUGCUCCAGUUGCUCGUCUCACAUCUGUGCACAGUUUGCUUACUAUCGCUACUAUACGAAUAUGGAAAUUGUUUCAGAUUGAUAUGAAAAAUAUUUUUCUUAAUGGUGACCUAGAAGAAGAAGUUUAUAUAAAACCAACUCCUGAGCUCAACCAUCCUCCAAACAAGGUAUGCCGAUUGCGACGUGCAUUAUACGGGUUGAAGCUAUCCCCUUGAGCCUAGUAUGCCAAGUUUAGUGCUACUAUGAGUGAGUUUGGUUUUACUUUCAAUUCACAUGAUACAGCUCUGAUACCAUGUUAGAAACAGAAAAGAAGAAUAAUAAUUUGAAGAAAGAUUUAUUGCUUUC